AUGGGGGACUCGCUUCCUUGCCUCCGCAAACUUACCAUCCGCAACUGCAAAUCCCUCACCCACCUGCCGCCUGACGGCUUCAGCUCUCUGAGGCAUCUGGAGAGCUUGACAUUGGACAAUUGCAAUCUACUUUUCAGCCUGCCCGAAAUUAUUGGGUUUCUGCCCCGGCUGAACACCCUGGUGCUGCAGGAUCUGCCUCUCGACUAUCUCCCCGACUCCCUCUGCCAAGCCGCAUCUCUGGAGAAUCUCUUCCUGAUCAAAUGCUACAGAAUCAGUCGCUUUCCGGAGGGUUUCUGCAGCCUGCCUGCUCUCAAGACGCUGUGCCUCGUGCAGGUUCUAUUCCUGAAGCUUCCAGCGGAUCUGGGAAGUCUCACCAGUCUGCAAACUCUUUUCGUGAAGAGCAACUCUGGAAAGCAGCUGCCGUCGACGUUCACCCGGCUGGUUUCCCUGAGGAGAUUGAAGCUUGAUGGCUGCUGCUUUUUCGAUCUUCCAGAGAGCGUGCACGAGCUUCGUAACCUGACGGAGCUGCAUCUCUGCUUCUGCCCCAACUUCAGGAAGCUUCCCGAGUCCAUCACACGCCUCAGCAAUCUCGAGUCCCUCACAGUGAAUGGUUGUGGGAAGCUCUGUUCGGUGCCAAGAAGCUUGUUAAGCCUGGGGAAGCUGAAGCGGUUGGAGAUUGGGGAGCUGCAAGUGCCAUCUGAAAGCCUUCCACCCUUCCUUCAAGUCAUAAGCCUUUUUUCGCUGCCAAGGAGCCUGUUAAGCCUGGGGAAGCUGAAGUGGUUGGAGAUGGGGGAGUGUGACCAGCUGCAAGUGCCACCUGAAAGUCUCCCCCCCUCCCUUGAAGUCAUCAGCCUUGGGACCUGCGAGCACAGCAUCCCUCUGCCUGACGUCUCAAACCUGCCGAAGCUGACCAAGUUGGGUCUCAACCUGGUGGGUGCAGGGGACGCGGUGAGAAUCAGCAGCAGCGUGCCGCAUCUGAAGCACUUGAAUCUGAUUCUCACAGCAGAAGCAGAGGAGCUCUCAUUCCCCCUGUCCGCUUGCCCUCAGCUACGCACCCUGGAGAUUUCAAGGGCUGGGAGGAUCGAGAGGCUGCCAGAAACCAUCGGGUCGGCCGUGAAGCAGUUACGCUGCUUGCGAAUAGACUGCUUCCCAAAACUGAAGGCGCUGCCAGAUUCCAUCACUGAGCUUCAGAAUCUGUCAGAGCUGGAGGUGUUUGCUGCAGAAAGCCUAGUCGCUCUUCCGGCCGGUAUCGGUGCGUUGUCUCGGCUGCGCAGCCUGAUCUUGUUUGGUUGCCCUGCCUUGGAGUAUCUGCCUUCUUCCCUCACGCAGCUUACACGCCUUCACAGGCUGGCGAUCAAAGCCUCUGCCAUUCGCUUCCUCCCUCCAAGCUUCGCACAGUUGACCAAGCUCAAGACUCUUACUUUGCAGUUAUUGCCACAGAAUGCACCUCUUCCCGGAAGGUUUCUGCAGCCUGCCAGCACUCAAGACGCUGUGCCUCGUGCAGGUGCCACGCUUGAAGCUUCCAGCCGAUCUUGGAAGGCUCACCAGUCUGCAAACUCUUUUCGUGAAGGACAACUUCGGAAAACAGCUGCCACUGACAUUCACCCGGCUGAUUUCCCUGAGGAGAUUGGAGCUGGAUAG